CGAAAUUAUCUUUUCGUGCUGCAUUAUUAAUGAAUCAUUGCAUAGUUAGUAGAACUACGCGUGCCUACAUUCUCUGAAUAAGUAUUUUACUUGAUAGUUUCAGUAAUGAUGUCCGGGUAUUAUGACCAGCACCAUCGCUGGGAGCCACUUGCUGAAUUCCAUUUUAACAUUGAUAGCGACGAAGACGAACUGUUUGAUGAAAAUAACUACGUCUACUGCUUAUGCAGCAGAGUUUGUAUCAGGGAUGGUGUAAGAAGACAUGUAGAGAAAGAAGGUAGUGAGAGUGAUGUGGAGCUCCAGGAUUCUCAGUUUCAGGAGUGGGAUGAGUCCCAUGUUCACUUCUCCGUUGAUACUUCCUACAAGGUGAAGUGUGAGAAAGACGAAGGUGCCAGUUGCUACUGCAGCGCAUCACAUACAGACAACUAUUGUUCCACGGACGAGCAUGACCCAGCCCAGCUCCAUCUAUCCCACGCACUACAGCCCAGUGACAGCGGGGCCGACCUCACCUACCCUGAUUGCCUGUCCGACAACUACAAACUAGAGAAGAUGGACCAGGACUACCCUCUAACAGAAACAAACGAAAACUAUUUCUCUGAAAACACUUGGGACAAGUUCUGGGCGGUCAACGGAGAAAGACUCAUAUGGGCAUCAUGGAUCAAAAAAUACAGCGAUUAUAUAAAUCCAAAUUAUAUGGAUGAAAACAACGAACUAGCUAUGGAUGAGCGGAAUAUACCGAAGCAGCAGUCAGCUGAUGCUAUAUUUGAAAGAGAAACUGAUAGAUUUAAGAAAAAUGAAGAGGAAAGUAUGAGAGACAGAAAGUUCUCAUAUGAUUCUAAAGUUAAUCCAUAUAAGAAGAAGAAAUCUAAUCAGCCUAUAGAGAAGAAUGAUAAGAAUGUAGAUGGGCAUAAGGAUGAUAUUUGGUUGCCUAUAAGAAGGAGACGGUCGUGUUCUGAAAAUGAUAGAAUGCUCAGUCCUAGGACGAUGGCUGGCACAGACUCCAUGACCAACGUAACUAAGAUCACCCUCUCAAGUUAUGACGUAACUUCCAGCCACGUUACGUCAGAAUCAUCUCCAACAGAUGACUACAGUAUAUCUUCAUCAACAUCUGACGAUCAGUCUAACGAUCAGACAAGAAUCGCUAACAUCGAUGAGAAUCAAGAUCAACCAUUAUCAGAAGAGUUAGACACUGAGCAAUAUUGGCAGUUUUUAUGGAAGAAGCAUUUUGGAGAACAGUAUGCAUUACAUUACGCGAACUAUCUUGAAAGCCAUGCGCAGGAAGAAAUACCAGAAAUCACAAUAGAGACAAUUCCUGAGAAAAAAAUUGAAGAAAAACUACUUGAAUGCGAGAACAGCGAAGGCAAUUCUCAAGAGAUGCCAACAGUUAUUGAAGUACAGGCUCAAGUCGAUAGAAUUAAGUUAGAUGAUAAAGUUAGUAAAUCCAGGAAAAGGAAUAAAAAAUCAAGCUCUAGAUAUCUCGGGUCGGUCGGAGUGCUGUUACAGAAUUUACUUAAAGAGGAGCAGAAGAAAAAUCAUGAAGAAACAGACGCUACAGAAGCAGAUCAAAAUCAAAGCCAAAAUGAUUCAAAUCAAGGUCAAAAUGAUUCAAAUCAAAGUCAAAAUGAUACUGGAAAAGAGGCAGACACUGUCGACGGAGUUACCAUAAGUACAUCUCAAAAUGUUAGUAAUAAUCGAUCGGUCGAAGAUGAUGGAGGCGACGAGCCGCCAGAGGAAAGAGCGGUAUCUUUAAAAAGAAGCCACGAAUUAGAUGAAGACACAGAAGACACGUCAGAGAUAAUAAAAGACACGUUCGAGGCGAUGGGGUUCUGUCUAAAGUCGGGCAGCUUGCCGCGCGGGCAGCUGGUGUACAAGAAGCGCGCGGCGCGGCUGCGGCCGCCGCGGAGCCGCCGGUAUGGAGCGCCGAGGAAGACCUACUUUGAUGAUGAUGGGAACCCUUGUGAAGUGGAUCAGGGUCAAGAAUCCCACGAUGAGAGAGAGAUGCAGACAGACGACGAAUGCCCCGCUGCAAAAUCAUCAGACACAGAGAGAGACCAAGUGCCAAGUACGCUGGAGCAGCAAGUAGCUAUUGCUGCUUCUAUAGCCCUCCCGGACGACCCCGAUGAUGAGGAACCGGCGAAGAAUGCUGAAGAAGUGGUAGUGGAUACAACAGUGGCGAACUCCGAGUCGACGAAGCGCCGGCGCCGGCAGAAGAGGCACACGAAAGCCGAUGACGUCACGGACAUGCCUAUAGAGUUGCAGGCGAACCCCAAGAUGCUCAAGUACUGGAAGAAGCGACAUUCGCUGUUUCACAGGUUCGACGAGGGCAUAAAGUUAGACUACGAAAGUUGGUUCAGCGUGACUCCAGAGAACGUGGCGUGGCACAUCGCCGACAAAUGUCGCUAUGAUGUGUUGUUAGACGCCUUUUGCGGCGCCGGAGGGAACACCAUACAAUUCGCGCACACUUGCAAAAAAGUGAUAGCUGUAGACAUCGAUCCAGCGAAGAUCGCUAUAGCACAACACAACGCGGAAGUGUACGGGGUGGCGGAUCGCAUCGAGUUCAUUGUAGGCGAUUUCUUCAAACUCGCGCCGACUCUCAAGGCGGAUGCUGUGUUCCUGUCCCCGCCGUGGGGAGGGCCAUCGUAUUCGGAGAGUGACGAAUACGACAUCGAAACUAUGCUAGAACCCAAGCCUGCGUCCUCUCUUCUAUCGGCAGCCCGCACCGUCAGCGGCAACGUAGCGCUCUACCUGCCUCGCAAUACUCGCACCGACCAGAUCUUGUCGCUCGCUAAGGAGGUAGGCGGUUCCGUGGAAGUGGAACAGAGCUACUUGGACCGGCGGUUUGUCGCUAUCACAGCCUAUUUCUACUGAAUCAUCCUCAUUCUACAGG